CUUUCUCGUCGUAAAAGUAUAGAUCUAUAUUUGUGUCUAUUACAGCCGGUAGUGUGAUAAUAUCUGAUGUUUAUUUAUCGUUAACAAUGGCAGAUCCAAAACAUCACCAAUCCAACUAUAAAGGAUGGCUUUAUAAAUGGACUAAUUACUUAAAAGGGUAUCAGAAACGCUGGUUCGUCCUUCAGAAUGGUCUUCUCUCGUAUUAUCGAAACCAAGCAGAAAUGGCUCACACCUGUAGGGGCACCAUAAAUCUGGCCAAUGCCAUCAUUCACAUUGAAGACUCCACAACCAUUGUGAUCAGUAAUGGUGGGGCUCAGACCUUCCACUUGAAGGCAGCCUCUGAGGUAGAGCGCCAAAAAUGGAUUAUGGCUUUAGAGUUAGCAAAAAAUGAAGCAAAGAAAAUGGCAGAUGCUGAAUCCUAUUCUACAGAGAGUGAUGAAGAAGAAGUCCAGCAACCAGACAAGGCGGAGCUGACCAUUAUGCAAGCUACACUGAGUGCUAAGCUGGAUGACCUGAAUACAUGUAAUGACUUGAUAGCCAGACAUGGUCAAGCCCUGACCAAGACCCUGUCUGAGCUGGAAUCAACUCAUAACCCCGCGGAGGCCGCAAGCAAUAUGAAGUCUGUCCAGGAGAGAGCCACGUUAUUCAGGAUAACAUCUAAUGCUAUGAUCAAUGCCUGCAAUGAGUUUUCCCUGCUGGCGCAGACCCAGGGCAAGAGGUGGCAGCGGAUGAUCCAGCAUGAACAUGAGCAGAGGAUGAAGCUGGAGGAGAUGGUGGAGCAGCUGGCCAAGAAUGUGGUGUCCCUUGAGAAGAAGGCCAGGAUGUCUGUCAGUGGUCUGCCCAUCAGAGAGACAGAUUCUGAAGACGAUGAAUUUGUUGAUGCACCUGAACAUCAGCUGGAAGACAGGGAGUUAACAGUUGCCCUCCCCCACACACCCUCUGAGAUGAUGCAUAGGAGGACAGACAGCAUGGAGAGCUACCCUGACUUGUCCAGUGAAUCAGAAUCUGAGAGCAGCGUCAAUGAGGCCACAGUCUACACCACCAAGACAUCCCCUAAUAAAAAGCACUCCCAGAGAGAGCACCAAAGGACUGGCAGCCAGGACAAGAUCAGGAUGCCCAAGUCAACGUCCUCAGACUCCCAUGGCUCCGACACAUCCCUGUCCCGCAGGAAAAGGCGCAGACGUAUCCCUGACAAGCCCAACAUCAGCCUCAACCUCUGGAGCUUCAUGAAAAAUGCUAUUGGGAAGGAACUCUCCAAAAUUCCCAUGCCUGUGAACUUCAAUGAACCUCUGUCUAUGUUACAAAGAAUCAUGGAGGAGAUGGAAUAUUCCCAUAUCUUAGAUGAAGCGGCCAAGUGUCCAGAUUCAGCGGAACAAAUGGCCUGGGUGGCCGCCUUCACUGUGUCGGCCUACGCCACAACUUUGUACAGGGUUGGCAAACCUUUUAACCCUCUGCUGGGGGAGACAUUUGAGUUUGACAGGAUGGAAGACCUGGGAUGGAAGGGCAUAUCAGAGCAGGUGUCCCAUCACCCUCCCAUGCUGGCCAUGCACAUAGAUGGGAGAGAGUGGAGUACCUGGCAGGAAUUUACCAUGACAACCAAAUUCAGGGGAAGAUACUUGCAAAUAGUUCCAAUGGGUAUUGCUCACCUGGUGUUUCACAAAACUGGUCACCACUACACCUGGCGCAAGGUGACCACCACAGUCAACAACAUCAUCGUUGGUAAACUGUGGGUGGACAACCAUGGUGAGAUGGACAUCACCAACCACACCAAUGGUGACAAGUGUCACCUCAAGUACUCAGCCUACAGCUACUUCUCUAGAGAGAAUCCCAGAAAGGUGACAGGUGUUGUGACAGACAUCCAGGGUGAGGCCAAGUGGGUGUUGACGGGGACGUGGGACCAGAAGAUGGAGGCAGCACAGAUUGUCCACGCUGAGGAGUCCAACAAGGGGAAGCCAGUCUUUGAGACAGGACCUCACAAAACCAUGUGGAAAGUCAGAAACCCUGCCCCCGGGUCAGAGAAGGUUUACUUCUUCAGUCCUCUGGCCAUAGAGAUGAAUGAAAUGGAAGAGGGCGUGGCUCCCACAGACUCCAGGCAUAGACCUGACCAGAGGCUGAUGGAAGAAGGCCAAUGGGAUGAGGCCAACAGGGUCAAGGUCAAGCUUGAAGAAAAACAAAGAGAAGUGAGGAAACAGAGGGAAGCAGAGGCUGAGGCAAUGAGGGCAGAAGGCAAAGACGUCCCUCACUACCAAGCAACUUGGUUUAAAAAAGAACGUGACGUGACAACAGGUGCCAUGAUCCACAUCUUCAACAAGAAGUACUGGGAGUGUAAGGAGAGACAAGACUGGCACAUGUGUCCUGACAUCUUCUUGUGAUCCCACGCCCCGACAUAGAUUCACUCAUUGCUUGCUUGGUCAGUUCUCCUCUAUACCAGUUUGUGCACUGUAAGAUUGUACAUUUAGCUGCACUAGAAUACAGGAGAGAGAAAAUUAAGUUUUUUAUGUUUACAAAAUUUAAUGGAAUUGUAUCAUUUUUUUUUUGCCUUGUGCAGAAAUUGAGAAUUUUUUUAAUGAAAUUUUAAAAUGAACCUGUGAAUGAUUUCAAACAUGAUUUCAAAUGAAGAUUGCUUUUUAAGCAAAAUAAAAACUUAAUGUAUGGUGUUAGUGAAUGUGUGGGAUGUAGUGUGGGCCUAGUGUUAACAGUUUGGUGAUGUAUAUAUAUUUACCCUAAGGAGGGAUGUGUAGUCCCCCAGUGAUUUCAGUUUAGAUGUAGAUAUAUGACUGUAAGUACUAUAGGCCCAAGGUGUACUCUUUCUCUUUGAUCACUGCAUGACCUUGACAUUAGAUGACCACUAGCUGGUGAUGUGGGUGUGUUGGUCAUCUGUCCUGGCUAGGAUGAGUGGGUUGUUUGCUGCCAGCCAGGUUUCACUUGCUUGCUCUCAUGUUGUUUGUUUGCCACAUUGUUUUAGCCGACAGCGCCAGACGGACUUCUCUAGAACAUUCAGCCAGCCAUCUCGGUUGUCACUGUUCAAAGAUUUUUUCAAUGACCCCAGGUUUAAGGUUGAAUGUGUGUAGAGCUACCCCAGAGAGGAUAGGUGUGUACAACCUGUGUGUAUUUAUGAUGUCUGUGUCAGCUGUUAGCAUUUCCUCCCUCCUCACAAAGGGAGGGAACUUAGUAUUAUCAGUUUUAUGAUAGUCCUGGAUUGUUUAUCUGUGUUCUUGCCCCUGUUUACUGUGAUUAUGUUCUAAACAAGUGUGUCUGUGUUUAUCUACUUAUGCUUUGGGGAAAAAAAAUCCAUCUUUUGAGACUUAAUUUUGUGCCAGAGUUUUGACCUGUGUGCUUACCAUUACUUUUUUUUAAACCUAAACAAACAAACAAACAACUGAUUGUUGUAAAGAAGGAUUUGUUGUGCCUGAGUUAAUUGUAAGCUCAAAGUCAUUCCUUAAUUGUUCCAUUGAGUACUAACAUUGUGUAUAGAUCCAGUGGUUAUUGUGUACUAACUUUAUAUAUGCACUCUUCUGCUAGUCUUGUGCUUGCUAAAUCUGGUCAGUUUUUCAUGCUUUAAAAAAAAAUAUCAAGUGUGCUAGAAUAGUUGAAAGUCUUGGAUUAUAAUUUCAUGUUCCUAUGGUAGGGUGUCAUUAGCCGACACAACACCUCUCUCACACACACUGAUAUAACCUAUGGAUUUGACAGGGGUGUCCUCUCAACUAGAUGUCACAACUAGACGUAGUGCGGGGCUGUAUGCCAAGAUGUCACAACUAAACGUAGUGCGGGGCUGUAUGCCUGCUUAUGAUCACAUUUUGUCACAUUUUGUUUAACCUUCUGAUGCACCAAACUUGGUAGGA